AGAGGGAGGUCGUGCUGGAUUUUCCGAAUUUUCGCGCGAUUGUGUCAGUGAAAUGAGCGUGUGGAAAUUUAUCGUGUUCAAACUCGUUGGGAAAACUUAAGUGUGGUGUUUUUUGGUUUCAAAAAGCGUGUUUUUGGAUAUAUUUUUGUUAUUUGCUGAAAAUGACGUAAGCCGAUGUCACGAUGAGGAUCGCCACCCUGACCGUGACACUCGCCUGUGUCAUGUCACUCAAGCUCGCACACUCCAAAAUAGGUUACUUCUGGCACAUCACGGACUUCCACUACGAUCCACUGUACACAGCGCAGGGCGACACUAGAAGACACUGUCGGAGGGCAGACGAGCGGGGUAGCUCGGGGCACCACCGCGCGCUGGGGCGGCUGGGAGACUACUCCUGUGACAGCUCGCUCGAGCUCAUCCAGUCAGCGCUCCGGUACAUGAGGACGAGACAUUCGGAGAAUGUGGAGUUCGUUCUUUGGACUGGUGAUAUCGUAGCAGCACAAUAUUCAGGGAAGGAUGACAACAGGUACCAGGCGAUCAGAAAUAUAACGGAGCUUCUUCGAAUGACGUUCAGUUCACACUUCGUGUUCCCAGUGCUCGGUCACACGGACCCGGCGCCUUCUGAAACAUUAACAAAUUUAUGGAGUCAUUGGCUUCCCAUGGAAGCUUUAACUACAUUAAAAAGUGGCGGCUAUUACACGAUAGAACAGUCUCACAGCAAGCUUCGGAUUGUGGCGCUCAACACGAACCUGUUUAGCGUCAGCGAGGCUAACAGUCCACCCGCGCGCCGCCAGUGGGAUUGGCUGGACGAAGUGCUCGACAAGGCCACUGGUAACAGUGAGAUGGUGUACAUAGUUGGUCACGCGGCGCCGGGCUCGGACUCCAGCUAUUACUCGUACUCCGUGGACUCCAACAGCCAGUACCUGCGGACGGUGCGGAAACAUGCGAAAAUCAUCGCGGGCCAGUUCUUCGGACAUCUGCACGUUGAUACGUUCCGUGUCGUAUACGACAAAGAACAACCAGUAUCAUGGGCGUUCCUGGCGCCAGCGGUGAGUCCACACUACCCGGCCGGGUCAUCAAACCCCGGCCUCAGACUUUAUAAAUUUGACUCGGACACGGGUAAGGUGCUGGACUAUACACAGUUUUACUUGGACCUGGCGCUCGCUAACAAGGCGGGAGCGGGCGCGGAGUGGGUAGCGGAAUACAAUCUGACGCAGUACUACGCUCUGCGGGACGUCUCGGCGGAAUCCUUGCAUCUGUUAGCGGACAAGUUGAGAAUAGGCACGGCGCAUGAGAUGAAUACUUUUAACAAGUAUUUACGGGCGUACAACGUGAAAUACGACGGCACAGACAACUGCGACGGUGCGUGCGCGCACCAACAUUUCUGCGCUAUCACGUGCUUAGAGCACCUCACUUACCGGCAGUGCGUGGACGCAGCGGCGAGCGCUCUCGCCGCGUCCGGCCGGUCCGCUCCGCUCGUCGCGCCGCUCGUGAACAUAGUACUCAUCCUUAUCAUAUGUAUCGUUGUGCUUUAAUUGUUUUAUCGUUAGUAAACGUUGAAUAGGAAUAGUGUAAUAACAGUGUGCGGUAAUGAAGUUGAUGAAUUGAAGUUACGAGUGACUAUUACAAUGGAGUCGACGUGAACGUUUUAUUGUGGUCAUAUAAACUUGAUGUGUAAUAAAGGGGAAGGUUCUAGACUGCUGUGUGGGUGAUGGGUCUGCUCAGGCUAUUUGUGAUAUGACAAGACUAUGUAAGCGGUUAAUGGUUAUUAUUAUGGCGUUUCACUGGAAUUUGUACCUCCCUAUUUUCGUUGUAGUUUUAUAGCCAUAGUCAUGUACAACCUUGGGUUAGAAACAAGGUUACUAGGCCUAUAUAUUUUGUUAUUUUUAAUGGUAAUUUGGCUGGCUUAUAACGAAAUGAUUUUGCCUUUAUAUCGUUCUUUUUUAUCUCCCUUUGCAACGUAAGAGAAUUUGAUAGUCGCUUUUCCUAUAAUUCAUAAUUUUAUAUAACGUUAAAAUUUAAUUGUUUUUUAAAUUUAUUUAGCUCGGAACCUGUACUUUAUUUUGGAAAUUACUGUGAGAUCUCAUAGUAUUAUUAUUUUGUCAGUGAGGGCAUUAAAUAAAAAUCUGUGCCUAUGUGAAUGCUAGUCGCACACACACAACGAUUAUUGUCAAUACAAGUUUGUCAAUAUUCACACCGCAAUACUAACAUCUUAUAAUAUAUCGUAGACAGAGGAGAUACUAGACAUCCGGGGUGAUGGUUCCCAUCGGGUUACCUUUUAAAAAUCCGCUUGUUUUACGGAAAUACACAUAUUUUUUAAGAGAAAAUUUCUGUCUUGAAUGAAUAAAUGAAUAAAAAGUAUUCUUCGCUACUGCAUAUCCUAUACAAUACUGCUAAAAAUAUACAGACAGAUACAACUGGUUAGCGUGUCGUUAUAAGUUAAAAGAUAUAUAAUUUUGCAAUCCCAAUUUUUCAUUAAAACAUUAAAAUUUGUUACUAUUUGACAAUUGUCACACUUUUUUGGACUAUCCUGCCUGAAAAAAAGGCACGCGUAUUGACACCAGAUAUUGAAACGCAUUGUUUCGUUUCUUUACAGUUACACGAGUAAGAUGUUAUUUGAUUUUAGAAAUGUAAUGGACUUUUUUAUCUGUCUAUAUACUUCUUUGUCUACCCAAAAUUAUUGACAAAUUCUUUAUUUACAAGAGAAUUUUAAGUUUGUUUGUGUACGAGGAACCUUACAUCAAACAUCUCUGUCACAGUAUAACUAUUAUAAAUACUAGCCACCAGUAGUUCAAAACGUACGUGUCUUAGAUAAAAUGCGUUCGUCCCACUCGAUACCCUUUUAAGCCGUCCGCUUUUACACACCUAACCCCUCGUUAUGGGCUUAGCGUCACUUUACCUAUUUCCAGUUGGUUGUUUGAUUUUGCUUUUGGGAUAACUUUGAUUUAUACAAUUUUAUUUAAAAAAAGGAAUAGUCUUCUAAUGGAUUUUUAGACCUUUCUUUCUUUAUCAGUCGUUUGUGUACUUAAAAAAUAAUCUAGUCCAUAAGUCUUAAUUAUGGCUUGAAAAUCAAGCUUUUUUAUGUUUAUGAUUUUAAUUAGGGUCCAAAAAAGGAAUGAUUCAAUGAUUUUUUUUAGUAUCUACCGCAUUUAAUUUUUUAAUUGGUUUUUGUUAUGUUUUACAAUUAUUAUUCGUGUUUUUUUUUAUUUUACACUGUUAAUUAAAAUUAUCAAAUACCAUCAAUUCGUGUUACUAUUAAUUACUUAAAUAAAUCUGAUUAAAUAAUGUAUUAUAUACUUACUAAAAUGAUUGAUGAUAAAAUUAUGAAGUGGAACUACUGGUUGCUUAUUUUACCUACACUGUGACUGUUAGUAAAGUAGGUACUUAGAAAUGUAACAAUUAUACUAGUAAAUUUUUAUACAGCAGUAUUUGGCAUAAAUAUUCGGUAAAGUAUUCUAACAAAUAAUUACACAUUAUUAAAGUAAAUGUACAUACAUAAAGAUUAAAGAACAUUUUUCAUGUGCGAUCUUUUUAUAAUAUCCAACGUUUUUUUUGUAUUAUUAAUGAGUUAAGAAUUAUAUUAAAACAUAAAUUAGAUAAUACAAAUAUAUUAUUUUCCUUUGAUGGUUGUAUUUGCGGUUAUUUAUUUGUAGAAAAUUGUUGGAUGAUAUUUUAUUAAUGAAAUUAGUAUAUGCGUAUAUUCUUCAAGGCUAUAUUGUGAGCUAAGAGUUCAUAAAUGCAUUUAACUAUGUGUUUUUAAAUAUAUUGAUUCUUGUAAAAGCUCAAACGCGAAAUGUAAUUUUUAAUUUUUAACUUUACAAUUGUUUGUGUAAAUAGUGUUUCUGUAAUUGUAAUAGGUCUCAACUUUGUAAAGGAGGAGCAAUUAGGUUGUAAGUAAGUCGUAUUGUAAGAAACUAUCGCUAAAUAAUUAUUUUAUCGCAGUGACCAAUGUUUUAUGUAGGAAAUAAAUUAAUGGUAACUUGAAGAAAAUCUGUUUUUUUAUAGUCAUUAAUAACAUUUUCUUGUUGUAACGUUUCUUAAUUUUAAAAGUUUAAAAAAUGUAACGUUUGUGUAAAAAAUUAACUUGUUAGUAUUUUAAUAAGUUAUUAACUUUAUUAUGUUUAAAACAAUUUGAUAAUUACAAAAUCUGUGCGAAUCGUGUUGCCAUCAGUGUGCCUUGUGGGAGUUGUCAAUAUUUUCAUACUGUUACUAUCACGUUGACGUAAACGCGAAUUUAUAUGGAAUUGAAACAGUUGUACAGUAGUGCCACUAGAUGGCGCUGUUUCAAUUCCUUAGAAAUUCGCGUUUACGUUACAUGACAGUAACAGUGUCGAACUGUCACUAGGCCCUCUGAUGCUCCGGUUACUAAGCGAAACGUACGCACUGCAUUGCGAAAAAAAUAUCAUGUAUGAAUUUCGGAGUAUUAAUGCGAUUACCAGUCUCGUAGAUGUUGCCCCACUUAGGGUUCAUUUACACGAGCAGCACAUUGUCAACGGCAGAGGCAACUGCUACCGACGACUGCAGUCGACUACCGUCACUGAUGCCUUGAUCGCACGUACCGAGUAAACAGGCGAGAGAGUAAAAUGUUCCUCGGCCGAGACAGUGAUGUAAGCGAGUAGUUGUAGAAUGAUUUAUUUAUUUUACUAUCAUCCGCGAAAAGUCGACAACGUCACCCAGGUCCGACAAAAUACUCUCUACGUUCUUUACGUUACUAGCGACGAGUGCUCGGCCGAGCACUCGUCGCUAUGUUUAUACGUACCGAGUACUCGGCCGAGGGCACUGUCUCGCCCGUUUGCUCGGUACGUGUGAUCAAGGCAUGACGUUUCGGCGGCAGUCGACAGUGUUUCGGCGAGCCGUAGACGUAUUGGCUGUCGCCGAAACGUCGUCGACUACAGUCGUCAAUAGCAGUUGCGUCUGCUGUUAGCAAUGUGCUGCUCGUGUAAAUUAACCCUUAUUAAGGGCGUCGCCUAAGGAAGCAGGGCAGUUGUAGUAAGACAUUAAAAAUGCACCCUGUAAAAUAACCUUUUGGUUGUACGGUGUACCUAACAAUGCAACUUCCAAUUAUGUGUCACACAAAAAACUUUUAAAUUAAAAUUUACAAUGUGACUGUGUAGCUCUACAACAGUCUACACUCUGUGGAGUACACUCAGCAUAAAGUUAAUUAAUGUUUUUCUACUCCAUAGUACGCCACCCCAGGCUGGGGAUUGGUAUAUGAUGUAUUUACAGAACAUCCUGUAUAUACAUAAUUCUUACAACUAAUGUAUAUACAGGGUGUUCUGUAAAUAGUACGACAUACUCUACAGGUUGAUAGCUGACAUCAAGGCGAACUUAAAUAACGCGAUAUAUGACUCAACGAUUUUUGUAUUUUUUUUUUAAUUCUUUACAAGUUAGCCCUUGACUACAAUCUCAUGGUAAGUGAUAAUGCAAUCUAAGAUGGAAGCGAGCUAACUUAAGAGGAGGAUGAAAAUCCACACCCCUUUUGGUUUCUACACGACAUCGAACCGGAACACUAAUUCACUUGGCGGUACGUCUUUGUCGGUAGGGUGGUAACUAGCCACGGCCAAAGCCUCCCACCGGCCAUUUUUGUGCAAUAAUCAAUAUAACAUAAGAACCGUAAAACGUCGGUUAACAUAUAUUGCGUUAUUUUAGUAAGCCUUAAUGCCAGCUACUGCCUUGUAAAGUAUGUCGUAAUAUACGGGACACCUUGUAAAUGUCCAAAAUUAGUUUAACAACUUAAUUUGUACCAGUCAGCUAUUGGGUUUAAAACCUAUAUUAUGCAUUUUAGAUGUCUGCAGAGAUACCGGUUGAAGUUUAAUCGGUGUCAGCUUUAAUAACUGUGUUCUCCGGAGGUCUGCCCCAGUUUAAACGAUAGUAUCAAAAUAAUUUCCUCAGUAACAGUGGCCCGAACCCGCGGGGACGGGGAUGUCUGUAUUUACAUUUUCGCUCAAGUUUAUUACGCUGCAGGCAACACGAGUGUCGGGUUCAUCUUCUAUACUAAUAAAGAGUUAAAGUUUGUGAGGUUAUAGUGGGCAAUCUCUAGAUAAACCCACGUUAUUUGUGAGUGUUAUAGGCUAUAUUUUAUUUCAGUAUUGUUAUAUUUAUUCAGCUUGCCCUUUUUAUUCCAGAUGUUAAAAAAUCCACGUGUUACACGUGUAAGAAUUUGUGUAAAACAUUUAUCCAUAAGGCUGGUUUUAGAGUCACGCCGACAAGAAGCUGACAUUCGUCGCUGACUGACGAAAUGUAUGAACUCCUAGGGAGCGGUUCAGAGGGCCUAGUGGCAGUUUGAUACUGUAACUAUCGCGUUAACGUAAACGCGAAUUUCUAAGGAAUUGAAACAGCGCCAUCUAGUGGCACUACUGGAGAACUGUUUCAAUUCCAUAUAAAUUUGCGUUUACGUCAACGCGAUAGUAACAGUAUGAAGAUAUUGAAAACUCCCACUAGGCACACAGAAUAACGCGUAGCUAUCAGCGCGGUGUACUACGCAUUGAUCUGUCAGCGCCGUCCAGCGUCCAGUCAGAAUGACUCUAAAACCAGCCUUAUAAAUUAUAAUUGUGAAAGAAACUUUGUUUGUUACGUUUUCUCGUAAAAUAAUAAAUUUGAGUACAUAUUAUCGGGGUUAUACUAAAAUAACUUAUUAUAUAGUCAGGGAUCCGUAGAACAUUUUGUACUACUGAUUACUAUCUAGUUAAUUUUUUGUGAUCUUCAUCUCGAUGAGACGAUCAACUUAUUAAUUACGAAAAUUCUUGAUUCUGGUAGCUAACUGGCUUACCAGGAAAUAAAAAUUUCUGAGCGUCGGAACGCGAUAAUGUACCACGCAAUUUGUAUGAUAUUGUGGCUGUUAAGUUGUAUAACUAUUAAUAUAAAUCAAAAGUAAAAAAACAGCUAUUUAUUAACAACUUUUAAUGACCUCGUUAUUGAUACAUGUAGGGAGAACGGUAGUAAUUGCGUUACAGUUAGCUACCAGAAUCAAGAAUUUUCGUAAAUAAAAAAGUGGAUUGUGUCAUCGCGAUGAAGCUACUAACGAAAAAUUAACUUACUUACUUAACAUAGUAAUCAGUUGAAAAAAACGUUCUACGGAUACCGGACUAAUAUUUUUCAUCCAAAUAUAAAAUAAAAAUUACACACGGACAAAAAUACGUGAAUACGUUGCUAAAACUCAUCGACAAAUUACAAAUUGAAAGGCAAUUAAAAACGACUGCUAAGUGAACAAGUUAAUUAUGUAUUGGACAUUCGAAUUGUAAAUAGUCAAUCAUAGCUUUUAUGUACGUACUUAAUGAACUAAACGUGUUGAUUUUCUAUCACGGUAAGCCCUCAUUCGCACGAGCGCUUUAUUAAUGGACGUCAAAAAAGCGUUUAAAUAGAACAAAUGCAUUCCCAAGUACAUGUUCACACGUCAGCGUUUUAAAAACGCGACGCUUUUAUCGAGCUGUGUUGCAAUUUCGAUUUUGGGCGUUGGAAACAGACCUUCAUUUAACUUCAUACUAAUUUUUGAACGCUUUUUUGACGCCCGUUAAAAAAACACUCGUGCGAAUGGGGGCUAAAAUUAAUGUACCUAAUGAAUAAAGUAAAUGUUUUAAUUGAUUUUAAUAAAUAAUGAAAAUCUA